GCUGGCCCUACCCAUGGUUGGAAAAUCAGGUCAUGUUUCAGCCCCUGACCAGCAGAGCGUGGCCGGGCGAGGUAGUUCCUCGCUGGAGCCACCAUGACCUUGUCCAGCUAGUUCAAGACUUGGUAGUGGAUGUGGAUUUGACCUCAGAGAGAGAUAGACUAGUCCGGUAACUCGAGUAAGUCCAACGGAUUCCAAUUUGGUUGGAAGGGAAAGAAUGUGUUGGAAUAUCCAAUUUGAAUUCCAACAGCUGACGUUGUCGCUCUGUAGCCGAACAUGAGGCGUCAUUGAGAACGUGCUGAACCUCAAAGAACAUUCAUGGCGACAGCGGGAGGCAUAGCUAAGAAAGGAUGGCAAUAUUACCACUACCAGCUACAAACUAAUCCCCUGCUUACCAAGGCUUUGACAGUCGGCGUUCUGGCAGGAUGUAGCGAUUCUAUCUCGCAGAAGCUCUCCGGCAUCCAGAGGCUUCAAUUCAAACGGUUGCUUCUCAAAGUGUUGUAUGGAUUUGCAUAUGGAGGACCGUUUGGCCACUUCUUCCACAAGAUAAUGGAUAUUAUUUUUCAAGGAAAAAAAGACAAUAAAACAGCAGCCAAAAAGGUUCUGAUCGAACAGCUAACUUCUUCACCAUGGAACAAUGUGCUGUUUAUGAUAUACUAUGGUGUGGUUGUGGAAGGAAGGCCAUGGUUUCAGGUUAAAACCAGAAUUAAGAAAGAUUAUCCGUCAGUUCAGUUGACUGCUUGGAUGUUUUGGCCCCUAGUUGGUUGGAUAAAUCACAGAUAUAUGCCUUUGCAAUUCCGUGUUAUGUUCCAUAGUUUUGUUGCGUGCGGCUGGGGCAUAUUUCUGAAUCUUCGUGCACGAACAAUGUACUUGAAGUUGAGAGACAUGUAAUAUAACUGUUGAAUGAUGUAUGAUUCGGGACUUGAGGUGGAGGGCUUGUCCGGUAAUUCAUGGAGCCAUGGAUUAGCAUUUAUUGAAUCUGCAGUUGGCUUGGCUUUGUAAUUUUCAGAAACCGUUCAAAAGUUACUGGUCCUAUAGUCAUUCUCAUUCUGGCACCUGUCCAUGAUGUCCUCAAUAGUUUCAGUUUGUAGGAUAAGACACCCUUUUGUCAAAUAAUCAAUUAUUUGUGUGUUA